UACUAGUAUUUACAAAUGAGACAGUUGGACAGAAGAGUUGCUUUAAGCUGUGGCUUUGGACUAAAUCACCAUUGUCAAUUCGCCUAAUUUGCCGAUUAAGAUCAGCAAACGCGCAAUGAUUUCUUCUAUCACAACACUUCUGCUUAUAGUUCCACUUUGCGUUGAAGGUGGUAAAGUUUUGAUUUUACCUGGGGAGUAUAGCCAUUGGCAUAACAUGCGAAUGAUUGUGGAAGAGCUUGCGGAACGGAACCACAGUGUUACGGUGUUAGUCAACUCAGCCUCGCCCUCUGUGAAAUCAUUUCAGGACGAUCGUGUAAACUUCCAGGUUUUCCAGGUUCCUCUGGAGAAGCACGAGGUGAACGCUAUGUGGAAUGAAUUCAUUGAUCUGUGGAUGUAUCAGUCUAGGAAGUUGUCUAAAUUACAGAUGUUUUUUAAAACGAUAGCCGUGAUGGACCGCAUGACUUCUCACAACUUCAUAAUGUGUGAUGGCAUACUACGUAACGAGGCGCUGAUGGAGACACUGAGAGGACUGAAGUUCGAGGUGAUCCUGUCUGACCCUAUGAUGCCCUGUGGCGACGUCUUGGCAGACAUACUAGAGCUACCGUUCGUUCUGUCUCUGAGGCUCACCUUUGGCUAUGUAUUUGAGAGGGAGUGUGGCCAAUUGCCUACACCCCCGUCGUAUGUACCUGCUGUGCCUGCGCAGUUCACAGACCACAUGGACUUUGUGGAAAGGUUGCAGAAUUUUUUGAUGUACUCUUUCCAUAAACCCUUGUUUUAUCUACACACCAAGCUGACAAUAAAUAACUAUCUAAGUGAAAUCAGAGGUAAACCAACAGAAUUAUGUGAUGUCCUUAGUAAAGCUGACAUUUGGUUGAUCCGAACCUAUUGGGAUUUCGAGUACCCCAGACCUCUUCUCCCCAAUUUCAAAUUUGUUGGAGGCCUUCACUGCAAACCUGCAAAGCCUCUUCCUGAGGACAUGGAGGAAUUUGUACAAAAUUCUGGGGAUGACGGUAUUGUGGUGUUCUCACUGGGAUCCAUGAUUAAGAACCUCACCAUGGAGAGAGCAAAUACAAUAGCUUCUGCACUUGGACAAAUACCUCAAAAGGUAAUAUGGAGGUACAGUGGUGUCAAACCAGAGACACUGGCCCCCAAUACAAGACUUUAUGACUGGCUUCCCCAAAAUGACCUUCUAGGCCAUCCCAAGACCAAAGCCUUCAUCACCCAUGGCGGCACAAACGGGCUCUAUGAGGCCAUCUACCACGGAGUGCCCAUGGUGGGCAUCCCUCUGUUCGCCGACCAGCCUGAUAAUCUGAGCCACAUGAAGACCAAAGGGGCAGCUGUCAGUCUGGAUUUCAACAAGAUGGAGAGUAAAGAUCUGGUGGAGGCCCUCAACACAGUGAUUAACGACCCAUCAUACAAGGAGAGCAUCAUGAGGCUCUCCAGGAUUCACCACGACCAGCCCAUGAAACCGCUGGACGAGGCCGUGUUCUGGAUUGAGUUUGUCAUGCGCAAUAAAGGAGCUAAGCAUCUGCGCGUACAGGCCCACAACCUCAGCUGGUACCAGUACCACUGUCUGGAUGUCUUUACAUUUCUGCUUGCCAUAGUGGGACUGGUCAUUUUUAUUGUGGUAAAAUCUUGUUGCUUCUGCUUCCGGAAGUGCUUUGGGAAAAGCCUCUCCAAAAAGAAAACGCAGUGAGGUUUUAAAAUGCAAAAUUUGCUAAUUUGUUGCUAAAAUGUUGAUUUUUUUUUAUCGCAGAAAAAUAUGCACUGUAUGUAAAUACCUCUGUGUUGGAUUGUAUCCAACAGUCUUUAAUACAAAUUAUACAGAUAAAGGGGGUGGAAGAAACUGUAUUUGUAUGUGAUCAAUUCUUAAUUUUAAGAUUAUGGACAUUUUUAGUUCAUAUACUUGUAUGAAAAUAGAUGUUUGUAGUGCUCUUUAUGGAAGCUUCUACAAGCCUGUUGAUGAAUGUGUUGAAUAAGACAUUGACCGAUAGCCAGUUGCCAGUGAAUGAUAGCUGAAUUACAUUUGUACACACAAUCAGGUCUCUAUUGCCCGUAGCUUGAUUGUUCUCUCCCUUGUACGUCGCUUUGGAUAAAAGCUUCUGCUAAAUGACUAAAUGUAAAUGUAAAUCAUGUGAUACAAAUAUGUGCCUUUGAAAAAAUAGAAUAUACUUGAAAAUAAACUUGUGUGUGUAUUUCGA